AUGCAGUCAUCUCUAGAAUACUUUGUGUAUGGAUUUCCAACUGCAAUGGACCGCCAGAGGAAUGUGGUUGUACACAAUCAUGAGGAACCGGUAAUACGAGAGGGAAGCGAUGGACGGGUUAUUAAUAUAAGUCAAUUACAUCUGUUCUCCGAUUCUUCGACAUACCAUAACACGUCA